GUUUGCUUACCGCCACCACGACGCGUCUUGCCACUCCAUCGCGCAGAAGGCUCCGGACGCACUCCAUCUCGGACAACUCCCGAAUGAUACAGCAUUAAGCACAACGCAUAACGUGAGAAUGGCGACGGACGCCCUCAAGCGCCAGAUUGCGGGCAAAUGGCAGAACUCAUUCGCUCGUCUCAACCGGGACCAGGAGGGCAUCGUGGGCUUACUCGUAUUCAGUGAGGCGUGGACCCUCGCAACAGAAUUCCUACACCCGCGUGAUCUCAAUGAUCCUGCGGCAAACAAGGAUUGGGACAUGUCGCAAGUCCGGGUUGCGGUUGAGACUUUGAGCAGAUCCAAGAUGCUUCCCCUGUUGCUCGAGAAUUUCCUAGAGGAUAUGCGCAAACAACAGCACCUCAUAACCCGUGAUGUACAGCAGUAUAUCUCACAGUACGAGGAAGCAGAAGAUAUCCACCAUAUCGCGCGCCUUAUCUAUCGCCUUCUCGAGUGGUACAGAGCAUGGGUGCCAAUCUCUGAAUUGGGCCACACAAUCUUGUCCGCAUACACCCUCACAUUUCAGACUCACGUCUAUUCCAUCCUCCCACCGUCCUUCUCCCGUGGGUUCAAACAACUCGUCAACGCCACCUUUGAAAUCGGGAUGUCUCCUAUCGCACCACCAUGGCUGCCUCCGACACCACCCGCACUCCAGUCUCUUGUCCCUGCUCCGCGCCCCGACCUCCCGCUUUGGGGCGCAUUCGAGCAGCUAGGUUUGCUCGAUCGUAACGAGUCUCUCAUCUCGAGUGUAUGCUAUGAGCACAUCGAAGCACACAUACUGGGGACAUGUGCGAGGCGAUGGAGCGAGCGCAUGCUACAGCCUAUGAGAGAAUGGAUGACGAACAAGAUCGUCCCGUGGAUGGUCAUGCCGUACGCCAGGGGCGCGAGAUCAGCCGAAGAAGCUCGGUCCAUGUUGCAGGGAGUUGGUUCGAGGUUCGACUUCCAUGUAUGCAAGACAUUAAGUGACCUUCGCACGAGGGAAAUCUUCGACAUCAUCAUAGAUUUCCCAGAUUCCCAACCGGCAUUGGAAGACCUCAAAGAGUGUCUCCAGCGUGUGGACCAGCGAUCCCAGCUCGUACAGACGCUGCGGAAAGCUAACCGGAAACGUCUACUCCAUCCCGGCGCAGACACCAAGGACAUCCUAACGCAAUAUGUUUCGAUCAUCCGUUGUCUUCGGUUGGUCGACCCACCUGGCGUACUGCUCUUCAAGGUCGCUGAUCCCAUUCGGCGUUACCUGAGAGAACGGCCUGAUACGAUUCGCUGCAUUGUCGCUAGCCUCGUCGGCGAUGGAGAGAGCGGUGACUCUCUUGUAGACGAGAACGAGCCUAUCCAGCCGCUUCAGCAGAUACAGGUGGAGGACUACACAGAUCCCAGCUGGGAGCCUGAGCCGAUUGAUGCAGGACCUGACUUUCGUACAAACAAGCCAAGCGACGUGAUCAGUACUUUGGUCAGUAUCUACGACUCGAAAGACUUGUUUGUGCGCGAGCUGCAGGUGCUGCUCGCCCAGCGGCUGCUUGCGAUCACAGAUGGAAACUUUGACCGCGAGCGUCGCAAUAUCGAGAUCCUGAAGAUCCGCUUUGGCGAGGCCGCCCUACAAGUGUGCGAGGUCAUGCUGAGAGACAUGACCGAGUCCAAGCGGAUUGACCAGCAUGUGCAGUCCCAGAAGAACAUGAUCCUCCACCCUACUAUCAUUUCGAGACAUUUCUGGCCACCACUACAAGCUGGCAAGUUCGUCAUGCCGGGACAAUUCAAGCAAAUCCAGGACGACUACGCUCAAGAGUUCCACGCCUUCAAACAAGACAAGAAGUUGCGCUGGCUCCCGCACCUCGGUACGAUACACCUCGAGAUCGAGCUUCAAGAUCGCACCGUCCCGGCGGACGUCCCGCCGUUGGAAGCGGCCUUCAUCGAGCUGUUUUCCGAGAAGGACACAUGGACGGUAGACGAGCUCAUCGCUCGUGUCGGUUCAGUAGACCGACCGGCUGCGCUCAAGGCACUUGCCACAUGGGUUGACAUGGGGGUCGUCAAGGAGGGAGCACCGAACCAGUACAUACUACUGGAGGUGGCCGAAGAUGCGGCAACGCACCCCAGGCCUACUCGGAUGGUCGAGGAAGCACCUGCCGUCCUGACAGUGGAACAACAGCAAGCAGAUCAAAUGAAGGUCUUCUGGAAGUUCAUCGAAGGCAUGCUCAGAAACUUGGGCACACUGCCUCUUGAUCGGAUACAGACUAUGUUGAAGUUUGCACCCAACUAUGAUCGGACAAUUGAGCAGCUCGGGGCAUUCAUGGAAGCAGCAAGGCGGGAGGGGAUGGUCACCGUCAGCGGUGGGAUGUGGAAGUUGAGUAGGGCGUGACAUGUAUACCCCGAGUAUGUAGCACUAUCUUCGCGAGCCUCCGUACAUGCUGGAAGGAGAGUCUGGCC